CAGACUGGGAGCAGCCUGGGACGAGUGAGUGGACAUAUCAAACAGAGAGAGACCGAGUGAGUGGGAGAGAGAGAAAAAGAGAGAGAGUGGCUAAAGGGGAGAGGAGGGGUGUGGAGAGGAAGAAAACGGGAAUAUCCUGACUUGGCAAUCCUUCCGCAUUGUGCGUCUCUCUCUCUCCACUCAUGAUCUGUUUCUCUGGACCUGCUGAGAUGAUUCAUCCCCUCUCGGCUGCUGCUUGAACACCACAGACAGACAGACAGCAUGUCACUCCUGCCACCGCAGUGCCUGCUUGAUCUGUCCCAGCCGCUAGAGCCGCAUCCUGCCCCUAGCAUUUACACAGCAGCUGUCCUCAGUUGAGUGAGCGUCUAUUGAUUCCACCCAGCAAAAUGCACUGAACUCAACUGGAUCAUGUCUUCUGGGCUACUUUUGUUGUGCAUCUAAGCUGAGCAGAAUCUGAUGCUUCUAUUUCGGGACUUGUUUCGUGAAUACAUUUCCCAUGAGAAUGCUGAGAGAGUGAACCUGUGAAGAUAUCUUUCUCCCUGUCACGCAAGUCUUAUCGGUUUAUUUACCAGACGUUAUAAAGGUAAACCCCGCACGGCUCUGAAAAGCAUCCUCCUUCUUCAUCUCCCACUCAACCCCCACCAUGGCGAUCUGAUAAUGGACAACACACUUUACAGUACCCGCCGCAGCCAGCUGCUGUGUGCUUUGAGUUGAGUCCAGAGAUCAUUCUGUCUAAGAGAGAGAGAGGGAGGAUGGCGGAGAGUGUGGAGGCGGAGGACUCCUCCGCCGGGCUGGUUGUCCCUCUCGGAUCAGCGUCCCUUACCCACUCCUGCACCGAUCCUAGACGAGCCUCCGAGGAGGCGCUGGAGGGGGCUGCGGCAGGUGGAGAGUGCGGGGAAGAGGGCACCGAGGGAGGCGGGGACAAUUGCGAUGGCGGUCGAGCCGGGCCCCUGGGAUUAUUGGGCUUGGCAGGGACCUGCUGUGUGUGCAUAGAGAUGGAACAGGUGCGCAGUUGCCUGCGCUCUGAGAAGAUCUGCAUCCUCCCCAUCCUGGCCUGCCUGCUCAGCCUGGCCCUCUGCACCGCCGGCCUCAAGUGGGUCUUUGUGGACAAAAUCUUUGAGUAUGAGCCGCCCACCCACCUGGACCCUGAUCGCAUGGAACAAAACCCCUUCAUCAUCAUUUCUGACCCCACACGGGAUCUGCCAGUGUCAUUUCCAUACCCCUCCCCUGUCCCCAUGCCGACGACCACCACCACAGGACAACCUGAGGUCAUAGUAGAGGGGAAACCCACCGGAGGACCCUUUAUACCCCAGUCCCCCAGAGUGACUCAGUACAGCCCUACUUCUGCAUUGAUGUACCCCACAGACCCGCCCACGCAACCUGGACCCCCUAACACCCCAAAACCAGUGAAAAAGGGAACACCAACCCCCCACACCCAAACUACUGUGGAAUCUAAUGACGUUGUUCUCCCUAAAUUCUCUGCCACCAGCACCACUGCUGUGGUGAAGACCUCCAGCCACAUGACGCGCUGUAGUGACAACCAGAAAAACUACUGCGUAAACGGAGGGGAGUGCUUCACCCUGGACAUCACCCCUGGCAGGUCCAAGUUCCUCUGCAGGUGUCCAAAUGAAUUUACUGGUGAUCGCUGUCAAAACUACGUAAUGGCCAGCUUCUACAAAGCUGAGGAGCUGUAUCAGAAACGUGUAUUAACAAUAACAGGAAUCUGCAUUGCACUCCUAGUGGUUGGAAUCAUGUGUGUGGUUGCCUACUGCAAAACAAAAAAGCAGAGGAAAAAGCUCCAUGGUCUUCUGAGGCAGAGCCUACGAAAUGAGAGAAACACCAUGGCAAGUAUGGCUAAUGGACCUCCGAUGUAUAACCCUUCACUAGAAAACGUCCAGUUUGUCAAUCAUCUACUCGUGAAGGAAACGGAAAUGCCUUUCUCCACGAGCCAGUACACAUCAUCAGUGCAUCAAUCGACAACGGUCACCCACACCUCCAGUCAAAGCUGGAGCAACUGCCGAAGCGAGAGUGCCUUCUCUCACAGCUGCUCUGUCUUGGUGAUGUCAUCAAUGGAGAACAGCCGGCACGCCACGCCUAUCCACCGGGGUCGUUUGGACGCCACGGGCGGCGCCAGAGACCCGAGUGUCUACCUAAAGAACACCCGAGACACGCCAGACUCCUCCAGGGACUCGCCGUUCAGAGACAGGUAUGCAUCAGCAAUGACGACCCCAACACGCCUGUCUCCUGUGGAGUUGCUCUCUCCCGUGACCCCGCCCUCCCCUCCUUCUGAGAUCUCGUCCCCACAGUCCAGCCUGGCCACCUCAGUCCCCUCGGUGGCAGUCAGCCCCACUGGCGAAGAGGAGGACCGCCUGCUGUUCACCACCACGCUGUGGCCCCGUGACAAGCCGCCGCGCCCCGACCAUCACCACAGCCAGUCCAAAAGGAACUGUGCCCACUACAACUAUGGCCAUAAGGCCCACAGCCCCCCGCCCAGCCCGCUGAGGAUUGUCGAGAACGACAGCUACGAGACAACGCAGGAGUGCGAGGCGAUCGCCGCCACGGUUGUGGUACCAACCGUUCCCCCGCAAAGCCUCCCUAAAAAACUCACAAACAACAACAAAGGCCGCUGUGCCAAUAGCACAAAGCCCAAUGGCCACACGGCGGGCCACAAAACGGAGUCCAACGACCGAGUCAGCAGUACGGCGAGGAGCAGCUCGGAGAGCGACACGGAGGAGGACUAUCGCAUGGGAGAGGACACGCCCUUCCUGAGUUUACAGGAUUACAUGGCUGCAGGUGUGGAGCCACUCACAGACAGCUACAGAACUUACCCAGCACGCCGACUCUCCCCACAGGAUGACCUGCAAGCCAGGUUAUCCAGCAUCAUCGCCAACCAAGAUCCAAUUGCUGUAUGAUGUCAAAAAAGUAAAUAUCGCUUAGAAAAAUACUUCAAAUACUUCAAAAAUAAAUAAUAGUCACUACUAAACUUUUAUUUUCUAUAAAUUAAAUAUUUGCACAAAAAAAGAAAGAAAGACAACGUUUAUUUUAGUGAAGUAGUGAAUAAAGUAUUUUAUAAAUAAAUAGAAAUGUGUACAAACAUGCUCAUGUCAUGAAAGAAAGUGCCAUAUACACUACUAUAUACCAAUGGUUCAGAGUAUUUCAAUGGAGAAAAAUAUUAAUGGUGCCUUUAAUUUCCAUUUGAUGUGCUUAAGGGAACUGCAUCAUGACUCUGGUCCAUAUAUUCAUAAUUUUCUUCUCGCUGUUGGCGUUUCAACCUGACCCUUAAAACAAAAUAAUCCACCAGCACUAUGCAUUACCUAUAAUGACCUGUAUGAACUACUCACUGUAAGCUCAAUACAAUGUUAUUCUACUGAAUCUGCGGUGUUGCUUAUGUGUUCAAGUGCAUGUCAUUUCUCCCCAUUUACAUGAAUGCAGUCAUAGUCUACGUACAGAGGUGCACACAACAAAGUAUUUAGUGUUCACCUAACACAGCACCAAAAUAUUAUACACUAUUUCAAGAUUUCCACACUCACUUUUGGUUGACUCAAAUGGUAAAAUAAAAUUGUAUUCAUAUUUUUUUAUGCUUUUCUUGGCCUGUUAGCCAAUAACAAAUGAAUUACCAAGUCAAUCACCUGGGAAGAAUAUUGAAUGUGUAAUCUGAUUAACAUGAUUAAAUAUUUGUAUGAAAAUAACAAGAUUCAACAACUGAGACACAAACUGAACAAAGGUGGGUCAAAAUCAAAAGUAACAGUCAGUAUCUGGUGUGGCCACCAGCUGCAUUAAGUACUGCAGUGCAUCUCCUCCUCAUGGACUGCACCAGAUUUGUCAGUUCUUGCUGUGAAAUGUUACCCCACUCUUCCACCAAGGCACCUGCAAGUUCCCGGACAUUUCUAGGGGGGAAUACCCUAAGCCCUCACCCUCCGAUCCAACAGGUCCCAAACGUGCUCAAUGGGAUUGAGGAGGGACAUGUCAGGGUGAGCCUGCAGGAAGGGUACCACAUGAGGGAGGAGGAUGUCUUCCCUGUAAUUCACAGCGUUGAUAUUGCCUGCAAUGACAACAAGCUCAGUCCGAUGAUGCCGUGACACACCACCCCAGACCAUGUCGGAUCCUGCCCCUCCAAAUCGAUCACGCUCCAGUGUACAGGCUUCCUUUGACGAUAAACGCAAAUAUGACCACCCCCCCUGGUGAGACAAAACUGCUACUCGUCAGUAAAGAGCACUUUUUGCCAGUCCGGUCUGGUCCAGCGAUGGUGGGUUUGUGCCCAUAGGCGACGUUGUUGCCGGUGAUGUCUGGUGAGGACCUGCCUUACAACAGGCCUGCAAGCUCUCAGUCCAGCCUCUCUCAGCCGAUUGUGGACAGUCUGAGCACUGAUGGAGAGAUUGUGCAUUCCUGGUGUAACUUGGGCAGUUGUUGUUGCCAUCCUGUACUUGUCCCGCAGGUGUGAUGUUCGAAUGUACCGACCCUGUGCAGGUGUUGUUACACAUGGUGUGGUAGCAGAAUCAGAAUUAGUUAGGUAACAUUGAUAAAUAACAUGUUUUAUUUAUAUAAUAAUGCUUAUGUGAGAUAUUUGUCAUUAGAAUGUUUUCUUUUGGAUAAUACUGUUGGCAGUUUGCAGUUAUCGCUUCUCUGCUAGGGCUUAGUCACUAGGGGCCCAGAGAGGAGAGAUCAGGCUUGUCUUCUUAUGGGAAAGUGUCUGUAACUAUUACACGUCCCCUCUGAGGUUGCCCUUAUCUUGAUUUAGUAUAUGACCUCUUGUCCAGGAGGGAGUGUGUUUGAUAUGGGAGUAUCUACAGAUGACAAUUGAUAUAUGCCAUUGGAUGAGGUAAUGUUUUGGUACUAAGUGGUACCAAGAACGAGCUAAGAACUUAGUCUAAGAGGGCAAACUGAAUGAUAAUUUAUAGCCAAUGCUGUCUGGCUAUGGGAUACUCCUCUCUAAAGUAAAAUCUUGCUUUGUGUAAUGUUCCUAAGAUAUGUUAUUUGUCAUGUGAGUUUAGAUGGGUGUGUCUUUGCUAUAAAGGAUCUCAGUUGCCAUCCUGUCAUCCUGUCUCCCUGUAGCACUGUCCUUAGGCGUCUCACAGUACGGACAUUGCAAUUUAUUGCCCUGGCCACAUCUGCAGUCCUCAUGCCUCCUUGUAGCAUACCUAAGGCAUGUUCACACAGAUGAGCAGGGACCCUGGGCAUGUUUCUUUUUGUGUUUUUCAGAGUCAGUAGAAAGGUCUCUUUAUAGUGUCAGCUGUAAGCUGUUAGUGUCUUAACGACCGUUCCACAGGUGCAUGUUCAUUAAUUGUUUAUGGUUCAUUGAACAAGCAUGGGAAACAGUGUUUAAACCCUUUACAAUGAAGAUCUGUGAAGUUAUUCGGAUUUUUACGAAUUAUCUUUGAAAGACAGGGUCCUGAAAAAGGGACAUUUAUUUUUUGCUGAGUUUAGAAGAAUUAAUCAAAUAAAAUAAAAAUAAUUGGGUAAAUUGGGUAAACGGUUAGUAUCUUGGGACAUUUACUGAAUGCACUAUGUACAUCCUUGCCAUUAUUCUGUGUAUUGCGUUCUAUAUAAUAGAUGUAUUUAGUAAUCUCUGGUUAAGCAAUACUCUGUACGAUGCUCUCACUAUAGCCACAUCUCAUGACUUGCAAGUCCAAAUUGUAGAGAUAUGUACUGAAUGAAUGAUUGAAUAUAUGACUCAGUCUUUCAACAACACAUCUGUGGGUAGUGCAUUCUGGGGAUCAAUGAUAAAAGCGAAAGCUUUUUCAUUUGUUUCAAUUGUGUUUUAGUAUGCUAGUCAAUUUCUGCAUUUUUGUCCUCCUAAACAUUUUGGAUAAUGUAAACAUUUUGGAUGUUACAUUAUCCUAUCUGUUAUUUUGUGUGAAUACAGAAUACAUUUGUUUUCA